AUGCCUUUCAAGCUACAGAACCCGUGGAAGGAGAACCUGAAGGACACACCAAAGGAGUCCUUGAACUGGCGCCUUUGGUAUGGCGUGCUCGUCUUCGGUCUGAUGGGCGCCGCCCGUGGUAUCGACGAAGGCCUCAUUGGCACCACUUCUGAACUUGAGCCCUUCAAGAAGAAGUUUGGUCUCGAGGACCACAGCAAGUCGGAGCACGAGAUUGCUGAACUUUUGUCCAACAUCACCUCCAUGGUACAGAUGGGUUCCAUCCUCGGUGCCCUGGUCGCCUUCGUUGUCACUGACCGCAUCGGUCGUCUUUGGGCUACACGUCAACUCUGCGUCAUCUGGGUCGUUGGUAUCUCUAUCUUCCUUGCCAGCAGUGCAACCGGAAGCAUCGGUAUGAUCUACGCUGGACGGUUCAUUGCUGGUAUUGGCAUUGGUCAGACCACGGUCGUUGCACCCACCUACCUGGCUGAGACUGCUCCGCGUGCUAUUCGUGGUCUUUGCGUCUGCGCCUUCUCCGGUGCAGUCUACCUUGGCAUCAUGUUGGCAUACUUCGCAUCUUGGGGCUCUUCUAUACAUAUUUCCAGCAGCACUGAUGCUCAGUGGCUCGUUCCUAACAGCAUGCACUUGAUGUUCGCCGGUCUCAUCUUCGUCCUUUCCUUUGGCGCUAAGGAGAGUCCUCGUUGGCUCAUCAAGGUCGGCCGUCACGAGGAGGCUCUCAAGAACCUCGCUCAACUCCGCAAUCUGCCCGCCGACCAUCCAUACAUCCAAACCGAAGUCAUCGACAUCAACGACCAGCUGAACCGCGAGCGCGAGGCCACAAUGGGCACGACCUGGUUGGGUCCCGUUAGGGAGAUGUUCUCCAGCAAGGCCAAUCUGUACCGUCUCCAGCUCUCUGUCAUGUCCCAGCUGCUCGGACAGUGGUCAGGUGCCAACUCGAUCACCAUCUACGCGCCCAAGUACUUUGCGAUGAUGGGAACGACUGGUCAGAACGAGAAACUGUUCGCUACAUCCGUCUUUGGCAUUGUAAAAUUCGCCAGCAGUAUGCUCUGCGCUUUCUUCCUCAUCGACUUCAUCGGCCGCAAGCGCUCCCUGUCAACCGGCAUCACUAUUCAGUUGAUCUCCAUGCUUUAUAUGGCCAUCUUCCUCCUCGUCGACAACAAGAUUGCGGACAAAAAUGUGCCUCAGACAUCAGCCCAGAAACACGCCGCAAUGGGCGCUAUCGUCAUGAUCUAUUUCAGUGGUUUCGGAUGGGCUCUUGGUUGGAACUCAAUUCAGUACCUGAUCAACUCCGAGAUCUACCCGCUCCGCCUCCGUGCUCUCGGUGGUUCGUUCGCCAUGACCUUCCACUUCGUCAACCAGUACGGCAACUCCAAGGCUGUCCCUCUUAUGUUCUUGUCCAUGACGACUGGUGGCACUAUGAUGUUCUUCAGCUGUGUCACCGCUAUCGGUCUCGUUUGGGUCUGGUUUUUCCUGCCCGAGACCAGCGGACGCAGCCUCGAGGCUCUCGACGAGAUGUUCAACCUGCCCUGGCACCUCAUCGGUCGCAAGGGUGCAGCUCUUACUGCCGGAUCUGGUGGUCUUUCUGAGGUUCUCGACCAGUCUGGCGAGAAGGCUGCCACCAUCGAGAUGGAGAACUCUGACUCUAAGGUUCAGGGUCAGGAGCACACCGUUGAGCGCAAGGUUUAA